CGGCAACGAGGAAGGCAUCAGAAAUGACCACGAGGCUCAGUCACUUGCCGGAUGCACGAUGGAGUGGUGGCUGAUUGAAUCGCAUGUGGGGAGGCUGGCUGAUUACAGUACGUGUAGCGGUCAUCUUGCUGAGUCAAUGGGAGGAAAGAAGGGCGCUGGCUCAGUUCACGACUGCCUGCCUCACGGGCAACACCUUUGUUGAAGGCAGGUCAGAGGCCAACCGAAACUGUCUGCCACGUGAGGUGCACACGCGGUGUGAUGCCGCGCCACGCUCCUUUCGCUGACUCAUUCUGUUUUGUUUUCCUUCAGCUGUUGAACUGCUGCCGCCUGGGCUUCCAGGCAGUGACGAGCCACCUAUGAGAUGCGAGCCCAAUGCGCUGCUUCCCAUCGUCGAUGACCCCGAGCUCGGCAACUUCGGGCAGUGCCUCUACAAUGACGCCGCCGAGGAGUGGCUGCGGAUCCAACAAGAAAUCGCUCUCAACGACGCGAACAGAUCGGACACGACGGGUGAUGUGACAGCGUCGGGCGAGAACCAAUCAAUUCUCUGUGGCGAGCCGAGCGGCGUCAAUCGCACAAACAUCACUGACCUGGGCACAGCGGCACUGGGAAGGUAUGCACAGCCGAUAGGUGAUGAUGUUCACUAACAUUGUGUCUGCCUGUCUGUCAGUUGUCCAUCCGAUAAGCCCAUUUGCGCGCGGACGAGUGAGUCCCGCUUCUGCUACUGCAUCGAGGAGAGCGUGGGUCUGUUUGGCGAGGUGGCAGACGUCGCGCAAGGCGAUGUCAACCUUGUCAAGGGUGUCGUUAGCGGUCAGCCAUCGUCCCUGUGCCUCCCUCCUGAGCUGGAUCCUUGCUUCAAUUCCGUCAACCGCUUCGCUGUGCCGUUCGACUGUGCCGGCACUCUGCCCGUCGUCGAGAGAAGGGAAGACAUUGGGCCAGAUGCACGGCAGCAGAGCUUCAAGCCGAACGAGCCGCCCCCAAUGCAACAAAAUGCGACGUUCGCCCAGCUGGUGCCCGGCACUUAUCUGUUCGAAGACGUGCACACCGACGCCUACCUGCCAACCAUCGAGAACGUGGGUACCAACGUGUCGAGCUGCAUGAGGAUUCAGGGCAAAAAGAACGACAGCAAUGGGCUUGAUGACUUCUUCCUGGACCUCUCAUGCGACACGGCAGAGGGCGUCAGCGUGACCCUCCAGUUCACCUGUCCUCUUACCGGACUGUGUUCUAAUCGCACCGAGAACAAACUCAUGCCGGCCGUUGCAACGAUCCAAGGAGUCAUGGUUGUGGAGAAGGCCAGCAACCCGGCGUGCGAGGGAAUUGAGGCGCAGAUCGAGGUCACUUUGACUGGCUCGGUGGACGAGUCGGAGUCCCUCAUUGCCCAACAAUUUGACUACCAGGACCCGCAGCGGAUUCUCAUCAUCGGCAACGAGACACAGGACGACCUCGUCAUUGCACGGACUGUCGUCAUACUAUCACCUGCGGCGCACACGAGCCUCGGCGUCAUGACAUUUCCGGAUGAUGUGCCGGAGGGGUGUGAUGUUUUACUCAACGAGCGGGUCUUUUCAGUGACUUCAGGAGAAACAAGAGCAGGCGGCGUCCUUGCGUUCGCCACGUCGGGCUAUGGAAGAGACGUGUCGACGAGCGAAACCUUCCCCAAGGUACUUGAUGAUACAUUUACACAUACACGUGUGCCUGAAUUUGUCUUUGCAUCCUCAGAACCCCUUGGAGGCCAGCGAGUUCGCCAUAGCCAACCGAGAGGCGUUUCGGGAGUGCAGUGAGAUCUGCGUUGAGGCGGCAGAGACCUACUGGGAACAGCAGGAGGAUGGUCUUGCGGUGUCCAAUCAGAAGGAGUCGGGAUUCAGUCUGGGCGCAGACCCCGAACGUCAGCUGCUCGGCGAGAAAGUUCCGACGAUUCACUUUCCCCUCUUCUGGCCCGAAGAAUCGCCAGACCUGUCCUUCGGCAGCGUCUUGACCGGGGACUUCUUCUUCGUCGAGGAGGGGCGGCUGAACGACACUUUAGAAAAUUGCAGCGUGACAGAGUCCAUGCUCGACAACAUACCCAUUCCCGUGUCUGUCUCUUGCGCCGUCGGCACUGAUCCCAUCGUGCCCUUCCGAUCUUUUGAGCUCUUCAACGAGGAGACAGAUGUGCAGCUCGACUUGGUGUUGAAGGGCCAAUUGUCAAACCUUCAGGACAGAGAGGGUACAUGUACUAGGCAGUCAGAACUUAUCAUCCAACAUGUCCAAUGUCUCUGUCUGUCUGUCUAUCUGUCUGUCGGUAUGUAUGACAGUGCUCACAAAUUGUCGCGGACCGAGAUUGCAGACGUUUCCGUCCGGCUUUGGAGAGUUUGACGCGGCCUUUCUUGCAGAACUUGCCCGUACCGACAUCGUUGGCGAAAUCACGGCCGUCGCUCUGGCGCCCAACGGGGGGGUUCUCGGAGAGGACACGUGCGUUGCAGCCCAACUAAGGCAAUCAAGUAACUUCUCGUGCCGGCAUGACGGGAAGGAUUUAAAAGGCGACCACAACGUCGUGGCAAGCGUCAAAGUGGUGAGAAGGGAAGGUGAUGAAACGUCGGUGAUAUGCAAAGAAACAAUAGCAAAACUCGACAACGAUACGAUAGCGGAAGACGACGUCACAGUCAUUUGGGAACAGGAGUGCGAGAUAGGAUUUGAGUGCUGUAAGCUACAAGAAGAGGCGUCACUCGCCUGUCUGCUGUGUACAUCCCUGUGGUUUUCUGUCUCAGUUGAGGCAUGCCCCGAUGCUGUUCUGUCUGCCCCACCCACAGCACAGCCGUCGAUAUACCGCAUGACGGAUAUCCAGUUCAACAGCUCAGCUCUCGAAGACGGCGACGAACCACCACCUGUCGACCGCUGGUGUCUCCAACUAAUAGCCGACACAGAGACUAAGACUUCUGCUACUGAUAAAUUCGCGCCCACAGACGAGUCGACGUAUUACUUUAGCUGCGAAGGAGGGCUCGCUGAUGUGCAAGUGAGGAUCCGCUACGAUCUGGACAGCUUGGAUGGUCGCAUAGCAGCAAUCAAUUAUUCCAGCAACGAUCAGCCGCAGGUGGGCUUUGCGAAUGUUGAUAUCAAGGGGACGGUGCGGCAAGUGUGGCCCGAGGAAUGCAAUGGCACAUUGAUGUUCGUGGAAGGUAGGUACGGACACAAGGCAGAAAUCGCCCUCUCAUAAGUUCCUUUGCUCCCCUGUGUGUUUGCUGUGUGUAGGGACGCUCAUUGGUGGUGUUUCCUUCGAUCCAGUGGGCAACGAGACCCCGGACCCUGGCAAAGAGAACACCACGAGGUUCGCACCUGCGAUUGCGGACUUGGGGCCUGGUGGGAACCGCACAGGGAUCCUUCUUCCGGAAACGUUUGUCACUUCAAGCGUACCGAUCGGAAACAUGCAGUACGCCGUCCUGAAUGCCAGCGAUGAGUGUGACCAAAGUGCCGCCCAGAGGCUCACGUACAGGCGAGACGGCUUCACGGAUCAGGGUGUUGGCUUCUUUUCUAUGCCUGAAUUAGAGGUAGGCACAAGCACACAUACAAUUGCGUCCCCCUCUGGUGCAUUUGAUGUUCAGAUUAAGGACUCAUGGGACUCAGAGGAUAAUGAAACCGUUCUAGAGCUCAACAGCUUCUUUAGAGUGACUGAGGAAGGAAGGAACAUCUCGGAAUUCACGUCGUCAAUCGCAGGACGGCUGACAGAAGUGUGUGACAUUGGGAUUGAAGGUAAGUCAAGAGCACACAUUCUCCGCCCUCGUCACGACACUCCAGUACCUGUCGUCUUCUCAGGGGUGCCAGCAGUGCAGAUUCAGUGCCUUCCCCGUGAGCCCAUCGUCGUUGAUAGCAUCGGUCUCUUCACCGAAACUGACGUCAACAACAUCAACACCACCAACCUGACAAUGAUCGAGGGCAUCGACCUGACAAGGAUCGGAGACAUCGAGCUGAGGUGACGCGCAGAUCUGACAACAUUCCAUGAAGACACAUGUGUUAACUAUGUUGCUGUUUGGCGUUUUUGCGUUGCGUCUCUGCCCUGCAGCACUAUCGCGCGAGUGCUGAUCAAAGAUGGCGAUGAUGUCAAUAGUACCCUCCGCCUCUCAGUCCCAUACAGCCUCGCAUGUUCCGACAACGAUAUCGAGCGCAUCAAUCAAGAGACCGACGGGCGCGGCGGGUUUAUCGUGCGGACCAUUCCAUUGACUGCCGAUGUGGCUCGGAUUGACACUGGCGACCUCGUUUUGCGUGUGGAGCAGGAUUGUCCUGUGCUUUUAAUCUGCGGUACAUCGGAUGGAAGAAACAGAAGGGGAGGAGCUCCAAACAGCUUGCCGCCUGUGUGUUUCGAUUGUCUCUUGCUGCAGAAGAUGCUAAACCCACCCCUGGACCCAUGCAGCCAUGAGCAACUGAGAAUCGAGGUGAUGUGAGUGUGUUAUGGUGUGAAGUGCAUUCGAGGCCCCCAAUGGGUGGAUACACCUCUGUUCAGCCGCACCUCCUGCUGCUACAAGGUCAGGAGACAUCACGCGACAGAUGCGAGACUUCUCUCAUGUACGUUUUCCCAGAUCUCUUCGUUCGUUGUCGGUGUCCCGCUGACCCAUCUGCAAUGACGGCGGGCUUAUUUGUCUGCUUGUCACCUUUUUGUGCCUCUGCGGGGGCGGGUGCAUGCCCUGUGAUUUGUGCACAUAAGAGGAUAAUCGUUUGACCCGCCGUUCUCUCGCUGCUGCUAUACUGCAAGAGGUUUGCGGGGACGGCUAUGUCAAUUGAUAGACAGCAUUGCAUCGCUUCGUGGUGUUGGGUCCGUCGAUGGUUUUGUUAUGAGUGUCCACAUGCAAUUCAACUCAGAUGACUCGUUUUCGAAUUGGUGUCAACACACACACACACACACGUGCUUGCCAUCCAUCAAUCGUAUAGUGCCAAUGAACAGUUUUCGAGUUGGAGCGUCUAUGAAUAUACUCCAUCAUCAUCUCCCACAACAAACACGAGCUAUACCAGCCAACUAGCACGUGGUGCGAAUGUAGGCAGGCUUAUGUGGCUGGUCCACGAGAUUGUUG